AUGGUUGAAGAAAAUCACACCAUGAAGCAUGAGUUUAUCCUCACAGGAUUUACAGACGAUCCAGAAAUGAAGGCCCUUCUGUUUGUGGUAUUCUUUGUCAUCUAUCUAAUCACCAUGGUAGGGAAUAUGGGCCUGAUGAUUCUGAUUUCCAAAGAACGUUCUCUUCACACACCAAUGUACCUCUUUCUGGGCAACCUGGCUCUCGUGGAUUCCUGCUGUGCUUGUGCUAUUACUCCUAAAAUGUUGGGGAACUUUUUUUCUCAGGACAGAAUAAUCUCUCUAUAUGAAUGCAUGGCACAGUUUUAUUUUCUUUGCACUGUUGAAACUGCAGACUGCUUCCUCCUGGCAGCAAUGGCCUAUGACCGCUAUGUGGCCAUAUGCAACCCACUGCAGUACCACACCAUGAUGUCCAAGAAGCUCUGCCUUCAGAUGACCACAGGGGCCUUCAUGGCCGGAAACCUGCAUUCCAUGAUUCAUGUGGGGCUACUAUUUAGACUGGCAUUCUGUGGGUCUAAUCACAUCAACCACUUUUAUUGUGACAUUCUUCCUUUGUACAGACUUUCCUGUGUUGAUCCCUAUGUCAACGAGAUUGUGCUGUUUGUCUUCUCAGGCUCAAUUCAAGUUUUCACAAUAGGCAGUGUCCUCAUAUCUUACCUUUACAUUGUUUUUACAAUUUUCCAAAUGAAGUCCAAAGAGGGGAGGAUCAAAGCCUUCUCUACCUGUGCGUCUCACUUUCUGUCUGUCUCGUUAUUCUAUGGAUCUCUUUUCUUCAUGUACAUUAGGCCAAAUUUGCUAGAAGAAGGAGAUAAAGAUAUACCAGCUGCUAUUUUGUUUACAAUAGUAGUUCCCUUACUAAAUCCUUUUAUUUAUAGCUUGAGAAAUAAAGAAGUAAAGAACGUCUUGAAAAAAAUUCUGAUGAAAAAAAUAACCUCAAGAAGUUUUAAACAAGCAUCUGCUAUAGCUUAA